AUGCCGACCGCCGGCCUCAAGACCAUCAUCGCUCUCUCCUUCGUCCUAGCCGUCGGAUUCCUCCUCGUCAUCCUCUCGUGCGCCCUCUGGAAGGUCUACUACCCUCUCUUCGUCGUCGCCACCUAUGUCAUCGCUCCCAUCCCCAACUGGAUCUGCGGUCACUGCGCCAACCCGGACGACUUUGUCGAGAGCUCCGGCGCCGCUGUUCAAGAUCUCGGACGCUUCUUCACGGGUUUCUUUGUAGUCAUGGGAAUUGCCCUACCCGUUGUCCUCGCGCACUCUGGCCUCAUCGAGAUUCAGGCCAUGAUCAUGUCCGUAGUCGGAGGUCUACUCAUCUACGGCACCAUCAUCAGCUUCGGCAUGUUCUUCCACGAGGAGCAAGACUUCUAG